AUGGCAUCUCCAGCUGUUUCCAAUAAUUCACAACAAAUAGCAUCGACGUCGAAUAGCUAUCUAUCCUCUCCAACAAAAGAACCUUUGUCGUCCAAGACGGAUAUUUCCAAGGAUGAACCUGUCAGCCCGCCUCCACCGUCGCGCAAAGACUCGGAUACGGCACAGCUUGUGGAAGCUGAACUCGCGAACCGGUUGAACAAGGGUGGUUGGAAGCGGUUGUCCCUCUCGCAUUCACCUCUGACACCGAUGACCCCUUAUUUCAGGCGGACCAAGACGCCGGUGACCCCAGCAGACACUGAAGGCCCAGAGCCUGGACAAACUGACGAGCGUGCGGUCCGAGAGGGUGGAGCCCCACCUUCCUCGGGUAUCGCGGAGGGUGUACAGCGCGCAAAGAGUGGACGUACUGGUGCAGAUGAAGAUAGCAAUGGGGAGAGGAGUCGGUUGAGAAAGCGUGCGACUGUUCUGCGACAGGCAACGGACGCAUCUGGGUCCGUCGAGCUUGACGGACUCACUCGCGUAAACACUCGCUUGGCGAUGCAGAAACUUGGCGGCCAAAAAGCCCUUUAUCGGUAUAUGGAUGUAUACGAGAACCAGCGUGGGUGGGCUCGUCUCGGUUCGUUCAAGUUUAGCUCUCGCGCUCUCAAGAUAUUCUUUCACUACAACGAUCCAGCCCCAUUCACAAAGUUUGAGCUCACAGAGAACGGGUUAGAAGAGGUCGACCUGCCGUACAACUCGUUGUCCGAAGUACAACUGCCUAGUGCUGACUGGUCAUGGCAUAGUCCUGAAUGGAUGAUUGACAUGGCUGGAGAUGGUAUCACAUCCUAUGACGGCUUUCAGUACAAUACGCAUUUCCGCACCAAGAGUUGGUCGCCUAUCGUGCCGAAAUGGCAUUCGUAUAUUGUGACCUGCGUCCGCCGGCGGCGUUGGUUGAGGUUGAUGGUCUACUUGCCAUCCAUCAGUGCUGCACUGCCGGAUAAAGAUGGAAAGUAUCAUCCACCAGAGAGGCACAUCCCGACUGCAUCUGAGCCGACAUCGCCAUGGCCAGGAGGAUACUCUGCGGGGAACACACCUAUAGACGCUGAAACAGGUCCUCAAGAUGGUGAUGAUGACGAUAGACGUGGGCGCUCGCCUCGCAGCCCUGGUCCCAGCGCAUCCCAAUUUGACACCCAGGAUGUCUGGCGAGGCAAUGCCUACGACUGGUCAAGAUGCCACGCGGCACUCAAGACGCUCCGGAGCGAUGGACGGCGACUCGAGCUCUGGAGAGCCUGGACAGGAGACCUGGGCGAGGAUAGUGAAGAGGUCGACAUGACCGGUAUGGGACGGCUCUCCCUAGAGCGCAAGCGUGUCACUGGAGAGGAUGAUUCUUUGACUAAUAAACUUGGCGUCGUCCAAGUGUCAAGGGACAAUGAGGAUCAAGCUGUUUCGAAGAAGGGAAAAGGAAAGUGGGCAAGAGGUGUUCGCUGGACGGAGGAUAUAGUAUUUGGAAGAGGAAGUACCAUGCGCAUCAAGCAUGAAGCUGGCGAGAAUGGAGAGGAAAAGCGGGUCCUCUCCGAGUUCAUGACCGACGAGCCGCUUGAAGUUGAUAGCUCACGCGCGCCAAGGGAAUACAUCUCCAAUGUUCUUAAGUAUCACGCCGAGGAUAUUCUUGCGCUAUUCAUCUACCCGGACUCGCGUUCCAAGUUUCAUGAUAUCCUACAAAGGACGGGGCUUCUAGAGGCAAUCCCCAAAGACGUGUCAUUUACGUACUCUAAGGAUUUCCGGGAGCGUGUCGAGGUGUGA